CAACAACAGCAACAACAACCAUGUUCAAGUGCAUUCCAAUUUUCAAAGGCUGCAACAGGCAGGUGGAAUUCGUGGACAAACGCCACUGUUCACUGCCCCAAGUGCCGGAGGAAAUUUUACGGUACUCGCGAACCCUCGAGGAACUCUUUUUAGAUGCGAAUCACAUACGGGAUUUGCCAAAGAAUUUCUUCCGAUUGAAUCGCCUGAGAAAACUGGGCCUGAGUGACAAUGAAAUCGGACGCCUGCCGCCGGACAUACAAAACUUUGAAAAUCUGGUGGAGCUCGAUGUUUCACGUAACGAUAUACCCGACAUUCCCGAUGACAUUAAGCAUCUGCAGAGCCUGCAGGUGGCCGACUUCAGCUCGAAUCCGAUACCGAAACUGCCAUCGGGCUUCUCGCAGCUGAAGAACUUGACCGUGCUGGGCCUAAACGAUAUGUCGCUGACAACACUGCCAGCCGACUUUGGCAGUUUAACGCAGCUCGAGUCACUGGAGCUGCGCGAGAACCUGCUCAAGCAUUUACCCGAAACUAUUAGCCAGCUGACGAAGCUGAAGCGCCUGGAUCUGGGCGACAACGAAAUCGAAGAUUUGCCACCAUAUCUAGGCUAUUUGCCGGGCCUGCAGGAGCUCUGGCUAGAUCACAAUCAGCUGCAGCGACUGCCGCCAGAGCUGGGGCUCUUGACCAAGCUAACAUAUCUAGAUGUCUCUGAAAAUCGGCUGGAGGAGCUGCCCAACGAAAUCGGCGGCAUGGUUAGCCUGACCGACCUGGACUUGGCACAGAAUCUGCUCGAGACUCUGCCCGAUGGCAUUGCCAAACUGAGCCGUCUGACCAUACUGAAAUUGGACCAGAAUCGCUUGCAGCGCCUAAACGACACACUCGGCAACUGCGUAAACAUGCAGGAGCUGAUAUUGACAGAGAACUUUCUAUCGGAGCUGCCCGCCUCGAUUGGCAACAUGACCAAGCUGAGCAAUCUGAACGUGGAUCGCAAUGCGCUGGAGUAUCUGCCCCUGGAGAUUGGACAGUGCAGCAAUCUGGGCGUGCUCAGUCUGCGCGACAACAAGCUGAAAAAGCUGCCGCCCGAGCUGGGCAACUGCACGGUGCUGCAUGUGCUCGACGUGAGCGGCAACCAGUUGCUCUACUUGCCCUAUUCGCUGGUCAAUCUGCAGCUGAAGGCGGUCUGGCUGUCGGAGAAUCAAUCGCAGCCGCUGCUCACCUUUCAGCCGGACACGGAUGCGGAGACGGGCGAGCAGGUGCUCUCCUGCUAUCUGCUGCCCCAGCAGGAAUACCAGCCCAUCACACCAGAUUAUCCACCUCAAGCGCUUUAUAGAUCAAGCGAAAAGUUCGAUUCGAUGGAUUUCUUCAGUUAUCAACAGAAAGCACGCGACAUGGAAUCGGACUCGGAGCCGUACGAGGAGCGUGAGCCUUCGCGCACCAUUGUCAAGUUCUCGGAGGAGGUGCCCCAGGAGAAGGAUACGCCGUUUGUGCGCCAGAACACGCCGCAUCCCAAGGAUCUCAAGGCGAAGGCACAGAAACUCAAAGUGGAGCGCAGUCGGCACGAGGAGAACGCCAAUUUGGUGACACUGCCAGAGGAGAAUGGCACCAAGUCAGUCGUGACAGAAACCCCCGUUGAGCCGCGCACUGUGGUCAAUAAUCAGCAACAGGUAGCCGUGACAGCAACCAAUAACACAACUGCUGCGCAGCCGGUGCAGAAACCAGCUGCGGUGGUGGUGAAUUCGAAACCCGCUGCGGUCGGCGUCAUUUCACCAACACAAACGGUUACAAUUGCAGCAGCGCCACCAACCACACAGGGCGACUCUGGCUCAGCGAAGGCCAGCGACAUGACAGCAGCAACAGUUGCCGAUGUCGCUGAUGAUGAAGAUAAAGAUGAAUAUGAAACCGACCGUCGUGUGGGCUUUCAGGUGGAAGGCGAAGACGAUGAUUUCUACAAGCGGCCACCCAAGCUGCAUAGACGCGAUACGCCACAUCAUCUAAAGAACAAACGUGUGCAGCAUUUGACCGAUAAGCAGGCAAAUGAAAUUUUAGCCAAUGCCUUGGCCUCCCAGGACCGCAAUUCGCCAACGCCGCAGCACUCGCUGACCAAUGUGCAGUCCCCCAUCGAGGAGAAUGCCGAUGCUGAGCAAUUCGAGCAAGAGCAGGAGCAACAGCAACACCAACAACAGCAACCAUUCGAUAUAUCGCUCUCCCCAAUACCAGCUCCCAAGGCCGAAGCAGCAGAUAACAUUGAUGGCGUGACGGAGCUGCGCCUGGAGCAGUACGAGAUACACAUUGAGCGCACCACGGCGGGCUUGGGCCUGAGCAUAGCCGGUGGCAAGGGCUCGACGCCCUUCAAGGGCGACGACGAUGGCAUUUUCAUAUCGCGCGUAACCGAGGGGGGUCCCGCCGAUCUGGCCGGCCUCAAGGUCGGCGACAAGGUGCUCAAAGUGAACGGCAUUGUUGUCGUGGACGCGGAUCAUUACCAGGCCGUGCAGGUGCUGAAGGCCUGUGGCGCGGUGCUGGUGCUGGUGGUGCAGCGCGAGGUGACACGCCUGAUUGGCCAUCCCGUCUUCAGCGAAGAUGGCAGCGUCUCGCAGAUCUCUGUAGAGACACGACCCCUGGUGGCCGAAGCUCCAGCUGUCACACAGGAGCGCUACAUUCCGUCGCCCAUUCAAAUAGUUCCAGAACAGCUGCAGCUGCAGCAGCAGCAGCAGCAACAGCAGCCAGUGCAUCAGUUGCAACAGCUGCCACCUGCCCAUGCACAUUCGGCCAAUGUGUUUGCCACGCCCUCGUCAGCCACGAAUGGCAUGCUGCAAGAAAACGGCAAAGUAGAUUUGGCGCCGUUGAGCUUCAUUCAAUUGCACACGACGCUUAUACGCGAUCAGAUUGGGCAGGGACUGGGCUUCAGCAUAGCCGGCGGCAAGGGUUCACCGCCAUUCAAGGAUGACUGCGAUGGGAUUUUCAUAUCGCGCAUUACCGAGGGCGGUCUGGCGCAUCGCGAUGGCAAAAUCAUGGUCGGAGACCGUGUGAUGGCGAUUAACGGCAACGACAUGACGCAGGCCCAUCACGACGCGGCUGUUGCCUGCCUCACUGAGCCGCAGCGGUUUGUGCGGCUCGUCCUACAGCGCGAAUACCGCGGCCCACUUGAACCGCCACUGAGUCCGCGCAGUCCCGCCGUGCUCAACUCAUUGAGCCCGUCCGGCUAUCUGGCCAAUCGACCAGCAAACUUUGGACGCUCUGUUGGCGACGAGCAGCCCUACAAGUACAACACACUGGCCAGCACGCCGGCGGCAACUGUGACGACUGGCGUCGUUCAUAAUAACAACAGCAAUAAUAAUACGCUGCCGAGCAAUAAAACCAACGGAUUUGCAUUAGCUGCUGCUCCAGCUUAUGCAACAGCUGCCACAGUCGCAGCUCCAGCUGCGCACAUUGACAAAUCCACGGGCCAGCCGGUGCCAGCGCCACGUCGCACCAACUCAGUGCCUCAUGCUGAUGGCGAUGGUCCGGUUAAUGGCGCCGCGUCCACCAGCAGCGGCGACUCUGGCGAGGCUCAGCCCUCAUCACUCCGGCCGUUGACCAGCGAUGAUUUUCAGGCGAUGAUUCCGGCACAUUUUCUCAGCGGCGGCAGUCAGCAUCAGGUGCAUGUGGCACGGCCCAACGAGGUGGGCGUCAGCGCUGUCACCGUGAAUGUUAACAAACCGCAACCAGACUUACCCAUGUUCCCAGCCGCGCCCACCGAGAUAGGUCGCGUCACCGAGACCAUCACCAAAUCCACAUUCACGGAAACUGUGAUGACGCGCAUCACCGACAAUCAGCUGGCGGAGCCAUUGAUCAGUGAGGAAGUGGUGCUGCCCAAAAAUCAAGGCUCACUCGGCUUCAGCAUCAUCGGCGGCACGGAUCACUCCUGUGUGCCAUUUGGUACACGCGAACCGGGCAUUUUUAUUUCACAUAUUGUGCCCGGUGGCAUUGCCUCGAAAUGCGGCAAACUGCGCAUGGGCGAUCGCAUAUUGAAGGUGAACGAGGCAGACGUCUCGAAGGCCACACACCAAGAUGCUGUUAUGGAGCUGCUGAAGCCUGGAGAUGAGAUCAAACUCACCAUACAACAUGAUCCGUUGCCAGCAGGUUUCCAGGAAAUUUUGCUUGCCAAGGCCGAGGGUGAGCGCUUGGGCAUGCACAUUAAGGGCGGCUUGAAUGGACAGCGCGGUAAUCCACUGGAUCCGUCCGACGAGGGCGUCUUCGUGUCUAAAAUUAACUCGGUGGGAGCAGCACGACGCGAUGGAAGGCUUAAGGUGGGCAUGCGUUUGCUGGAGGUCAAUGGUCAUUCGCUGCUGGGCGCCUCGCAUCAAGAUGCAGUCAACGUUUUGCGCAACGCUGGCAAUGAAAUUAAAUUGGUCGUCUGUAAGGGCUACGACAAGUCGAGUUUAAUGCAUUCCAUUGGUCAGGCAGGCGGCAUGAGCACCGGCUUUAACUCGUCUACAUCCUGCAGCGGUGGCAGUCGUCAAGGCUCUCGGGCUUCAGAGACGGGCUCGGAGCUUAGUCAAAGUCAGAGCAUAUCCAGCUUGGAUCACGACGAUGAGGAGCGUCUGCGACAGGACUUCGAUGUAUUCGCGUCACAGCAACCAGACAUUGCUGCCAUGCCAGAGCCCACCAGCCAAACAGGCUUAGCAGCAGCCGCUGCCCUGGUGCAUGGGUCGCCAUCGCCCAUACGUACAACGCCAACGCCACCCGCUGGCUCGAUGAUGAGCGCAGAUGUGGGGCAGCCUGACACAGUUGCCGCGCAGACUGUGGCGCUCAUUCACGCAGAGCAAGCCCAGCAGCCGCAGCCGCAGACGCAGGUGGCAACACUUGGCCAGGAGAAGAGCACCCAGGAGAAGGUGCUGGAAAUUGUGCGCGCUGCGGACGCCUUCACCACUGUACCGCCGAAAUCACCAUCAGAGCAUCAUGAGCAGGAUAAAAUACAAAAGACGACGACUGUUGUUAUAUCGAAGCACACGCUCGAUACAAAUCCAACCACACCCACAACGCCCGCACCUCUGACGUUGCUGCCGGCGGAGUCGGCGACCGCUGCUGCGGCCACUGCACCCAUUGCUGCUGCACAGAGUCAGAGUCAGAGUCAGCCCCAGCCCCAGACUCAGACACAAACAAAUUCAAGCCAGCAGCCAAACCAGCAACAACAACAGCAGCGCGGCACACAGACACCGGAACGACUGGCACCCGGAGCGCGUUACUCAUAUCAGAAAAUGCUGGAGUCCCAGGAGGAGAGCCAACCCCAAGAGCCCACUCCAGCGCCCACAACACCCAAAAAAGCCGAGCCGGUGUACAUCAUCGACGACGACGAUGAGGACGAUGACGUAGAUGCCAUUCCCGAGGAAGAAGAGUCCUCGCCGCCCAUCGACUUGCAGUCGCCUCCUUCAUAUGCGGACACCGACUCCGAUUGCUUUGAGCGUCCGCGCGGCCGCUACACAAGCGACUCGGAGAGCGAUUGUCGACCAUAUAAGCCGUCCCGUUCGGGACGCAGCACGCCCGAGUAUGCCGGUGGCCAUCGGAAGUCUGUGAGCUUUGAUCUAAGUGGCGACGAGCGCUCCAAGUCCGACUAUGAGCGCUCGCGGUCUCGCACACCCGAUCGAUUCACGCGUGCCUAUGACUCGGAGCAGGAUACCCGCUCGAAGAUCAGCAGUCGCAUGCCUCGCAAGGGCAUCCUCCGUGCCACUAGUCCCAGUUCCUCGGCCAGUUCCACUCUAGAGCGCCGUCCAGAUCCUUUGCCGCCCAUUGUGCCGACCGUUGCGCGAAUACGCGAAGUUGAGUCUCCGAAGCUGCAGCAUGUCUCGCGUGCCACAUCACCCGAUCCUCCUCAAGGUGAGCUGGAUCGCGAGAAUCCCUUCCGCCAGGUGCACCCCAGUGAAGACGAUGAAUAUACGCAAAUUGCCAAGGCAAUCAGUAUGUCGCCCCGUUCGCCGCGCAAUCAGUUCUUCUUUGGUGGCGCGCGCUCCAACGAGGAUCUGCUCGAGCAGUCGCCAUCGAGUGGACGUAGCACUCCUAGCACGGUCAUAUCCAAGUCGACAGAGAACUUGACGGGCACACGACCCAAAGUACCGCCACCCACGCUGCCCAAGCCGCAGCUCAAGAAGGCCGAUUUGGUGCGCAACGUGGCCCUGGAGACGUUCCAGGCCACCGAUGUGGGUCAGGGUGACUUCGCAGUGUUCGAGCACGAUGCCAGCACCAAUACCAUACAUCAGGUGCCCAAGCUGCCCGUGCGUCUGGCCAGCAAGACGCCCCGGCCUCGUGAAAGCCCCCCGCCGCCGCCGGUGAACUUUGCCACAAUGCCCAAAUCGCCGUUGCCCAGGCUACCGUCGCCCCUGGUGGAGGAAUCUGCUUAUAUGGAGGCUCUGCCGCCGGCACAGCUGCGCCCGCAUGAUUUCGUGCACGAGAACUCGCCGGACAACAUAUUGGUUACGCCAGAGCAGCAUCGCGACUUUCUGUUGCGCGAAAACGAGAUGAGAAAUCAGCUGCGUGCUCCCUACGAGCCGGCUCCGCCCAUACCCAUAGCUGGCAUCAGCGGUGGUGACAACGGCGGCAACAACAACUAUGCGGUAAACAAUGCAUUCCUAGAUAGCUCCGAUACUGACAUUGACAGCCUGCCACUACCUCCACCACCACCACCACCAAUACCGACAUCAAUGCCAUCGCCACCAACACCAACCAACGCCGACCCGCCCACAAUGUCCGCCCAGCACUCACAUCAUUUGCAUGAGCCGCCACUAAUCGCUGUCGCUACUAACGCAACAUCUUAUUUUCCCAUUGCCAAUGCUAACAACAACUAUCUGGAUGCCGCGCCGCAGCCGCUGCUUUUGGGGCCCGCGUCGCCCACAGAAAUCUUUCCCACGGCCCAAAUACUGCCUGUGCAAUAUGCCAGCCUGCCGCAGCCGCAGCAGCCCAAUAAGCUUAGACUGGGCGGUGCGGCCUCGCAGCCACAGCCGCAGCAGCAGCAGCAACCRCAGUCUCAGACCGUUUUUAACCUGCUGCUGCUGCCCGGCGAUCAGCGUCAGGUGUCAGGUGCCGCCAGUUCCUCGCAAUCAGCUGUGCUUUUAGCCAGCUCAGCUGGGCCGCUUUAUCUGCAUGCGGCCAGCUCAGCCUCGUCGCCAGCUGCGUUACCGUUAUCACCUGCGGCAGAGAAUGUGCCAGCCGUGCUCUCACCCACGCCCACAAAAGUGCCUAAAUCGGUAUCCGACAAAAAACGAUUCUUUGAGUCUGCCAUGGAGGAUCAACACAAGCCCACACAAAAAACAGAGAAAGUUUUUUCAUUCCUGUCAAAGGAUGAAGUCGAAAAGUUGCGCCAGGAAGAGGAAAAGAAAAUUGCAACACUCAGUCGUGAUAAGAAAUCCAGAUUAUUAGAUGCCGCCAAUGACAACAUUGACAAGGACGCCGCCCGGCAUGCUGAUAAGCAAUCGGCUAACGCUGACAGCAGCAGCAACAGCAACAGCGAUGACAAUGUUGACGACGACGAUGACGAUGGCCAUGCUGAUGAUUAUGACAGAGAGAGCGCGAGCAUUCGCAAGGACGUCGUUGACAACGUUGUCAGGGCGCAGUUCGAUGAUGCGGAGGACAUUAGAACCGCACAAAAUCAAGCGCAGGCAACGCACGCGCCCAGCAAAAUUCCUAAGCAGCUGAAGCAGCAGCAGCAGCAGCAGCAAAUGAAGGCAACGCCCACAGCGACGCCGCCCGGAGAUACACCCAAGCCCUCGCUGCUGCCCAAGCCAAAGGUCAAAGUUGUGAUGCCGCCCGCGCUGCAGCAGCGUCUUUGGCAGCAGCAGCAACAGCAACAGCAACAAUCACCGCCCCAGGAGGAGCCAACCAUACACGAAGGGGAGCAGUCUGCCACGCCUGCAAGCUCGAGCAGCCGCAUACCCGUACGCACACUGAAGGCAGAACGCCGCGCCCUGGCAGCAGCUGCACGCCAGGCCGGCCUCACCGUGGACGACUACGUCCAACAGUUGGAGCAGGCGGAGCAGCAAGAGCAGCAGCAGGUCGAGCGAGGCGCCGUUUCGACAGAGCCUGCGGUCAAGACUCGAGCCAUGAUGAACGCUGAGAAGCGCGCCUCGUGGCGUGCGGCCCGCCUCCGCUCGCUGGAACAGGGCGCCGUUGAGGCGCAGGACGUGAUCAAGAAUAUGCGCAAGAUGACCGACGAUUUGAUUACGCAUGAGUCCAGGCCCAAUGAGCCGAAAAUAGUCUUUCCGAAAAUUGCCAUUAAAUCGAGCGAUGGUCCGGUAAUCGUUCGCGAACGCGAGAAAAUACUCGAUGAGAAAAUUGUGAGACGCACUGAGGAGGUGCCCUGCCCCAUAACGGGGCAACCUCAAUUGCGAACCGUCGAGUACAUUGAGAAAAUCAUCGAGACGGAGGUGGAGACGUGCAAGGAGCGCAUCAUCUCGUUGGAGCUACAAGUUCCUGAGGGGGAUGAGGGCACACUUGAUGAGACGCAGCCACCGCUGGAGCUGCAGGCAGCUGAUGAUUUUGCCGAUGAUGAUUACGAGGACGAAGAUGAAGAUGAUGACGAUGACGACGAUGAUGAAGAUGAAGAUGAAGAGGAGGAGGACACUGCCUCCAUUGUUACGGUGCAAGCGAAUAACGAGAAACUGUUCCUGCGCCACGAUGCGGAUAGCUAUGGCCCAUCGUCCAUUGAGAGCGUCUCGUCGGGCAAGGUACGCAUUAAAGCAGCACCACUGACAAUGCACCAGACACUGGCCAAGGAGACGACCAUUGUGGAGGUGCUGAAUCCUGUCAUUGGAGGCGAUGGCAGCGCGCGAACUAUACAAGUGAGUGGCGCGCCCUUUGACAUAGAUGAGCUUGGGGGCGGCGCGACCUCGCUGCUGCGCAGCGAAACUUUUGUGCUGCCCACUGGCGGCGGCAAGUCGGAGCUGUCAUUAAAUGCAAAGAUGAAGAAUGUGCUCGAGGAGCUGCUCGAGAAUGAGCGGGUUAAAUUGAAUUUGCAAAAGAGCCUCGAGGAGGAACGCGACAAUGACAAUGACAACUAUGAGGAGGAUGAAGCUGAAAAUGUCUAUGUAGAUGCACGCGAUGACGAUGAGAGCGCUUAUGGUGAUGCUAUGGAUGAUGUUGACUUUGCGAGGCCGGCGGCUAUGACCAAAGGCCAGGGCGACGCUAAGAAUGGCAAUCAGCAGGUGCUGGAUGCAUUGAUCAGGGCCAGCAAUCGUAGCACCAUAAUUGAUAAAUUGGCUGGCCGAUUGGCAGCGAACGACGAGGACGAAAAUGAUGAGGAGGACGACGACGAGGAAGAGGACGAGAGCAGCGACUCCUCGGAUGACGAUAGCGAGGACUCCGAUGAGGAGGACAAUGCGGAGCAGCAACUGAACAUUGCCUACGUGCAGGGCGCGCAGGUCAUCGAGAAUCUCAACACUGGGGCUGAGGGCAGCAAGCUGCAAAAGUCACAGACUUACAACACCAUCAGGGAGGCCGAGCAUGAGGAUGACGAGGCGCCAGAGGAAGCAAGUGGAAAGGCUAAAUGCAGCAACACCCUGGCCGAACUGCAGGCCGAGCAGCGGGCUCUGGCCGAGAUCUCAAAACAGCUGCGCAAAUCCGUUGAGGAUUUGCUCAGUGCCGAUGGCGGCUCGGUGGUGGAAACACAGCGAACCUACACACUCCCAGCCUCCAGCGACAGCACCGCCGUCGUCACCGUCACUGAGGUGGUGAAGAAACAAACGAAAGCCGCACGCCAGUCGGCCGCUGGCGAAUCUGGGGAGGCUAUAUUCAAUCGGCUGCUCAGCAGCGGCGAGUCUCAGCGCCAGAUCUUCGAUGCACAGCAGGGCGAAACCAUCACAACCACCACAACGACCACAGAGGCGCUGCCCGCAACGGCAGCGGCCGCUGGUGCUGGUGAGCCGAGCACCAGUGUGGUAACCACAACGCGCACUGUCUCCAACAUUGUCACCAGCGGCAUACCGAGGCUUGAGGCGAACAAGCAAACUGGUCGCAACACUAGCAACAACAACAACAACAACAACAAUAAUAACAAUAACAACAACAAUCGUAGCAAAAACAAGCGCAAAGGCAAGAAGAAAUAGGCAACAGUGAACUGCAAAUUGCGUAUACGACACAUGGUCUGUAUAGCAUUUAACUAGACGCACACGAAUAUUCUCACGAGCCCUCCACCAGCAGCCUCUCCCUACCCCCCAUAGGCAUAGUCACAUAUCAGCGCAUCCAGAAGC